AAGAAAGAAGGUUUAGAAGUUUAUAAGCAGUGUGAUACUUGCGACAACGUAUAUAACGAAACAGCGUUGUUUGAGACACAGAUAUGUCGGGCAGCGGAGCAGACAAUAAUAUGUUCAUUGUAGAUGAACGCGGUCCACCGCCUUCCUAUCCAGGCACACCGACGAGUUUUAUACGCAUAACUCCAUCAGUUGUCAUAGAAGAGCAACUGACAGUAAAUGAAAAGAAUGUACCUGGCACGUUUGUGGAAGUUCCUCAAACAGGGCCUUCUUAUGCCUUACCGAAUUACAUCGACCAUCCAACAAGUGUUCCUCCAGGAGAAAACAUCACCAUUAUUGAGACCAAUACCGUACAUCUGACAAAAACGUCUAAAAAAGUUAGCGCUACCCCCGGUGUUACUUGUGGUGAUAUCAGCGUCCUGCUGCUAUCUAUUGUGGCUUUAAUACUGUUUCUUCCUUUAGGACUACCUGCAGUUGUUCUGUCAGGUCUGGCUAUUGGCCAUCGUCGAGGAAAUAACGGACUUAAGGCAGCCAAGUACACCAAAAUAUCGAUAGCCUUGUCUUUUAUUGGCAUUGGUAUAUUUGCCAUCAUUGCUACCGUUUGCAUCGUCAAGCACGGGACAAGUACGGAUGAUGACUGCGACCAUGAGCGGCACUCAAGUAAUUCCGAAUCCCAUACCGAAGAAUGUGACAUCGUUCCUGAAAACGAUCGAAUUGAUUGUAAUGCUGCCGGAGGAGGAGACGAUACAUGUGAGAAUGUAGCCUGUUGUUAUGAGGAAGUUGAUGAUAUACCAUGGUGUUCUUUCCCAGCUUCCUGUUCUAUCAAAGAGAGCGAUAGACUGUCAUGUGGAUCUGAAAUUGGCAAAUUUGAUGACUGCAGCCAAAGAGGUUGUUGCUGGUUUAAUGGUAAAGAAUCGGAUGAGAAUGAAUGUUUUUUGACAGAUAAGUGCAGUAUCCAAGUAGGCGACCGCAUUGAUUGUAGUUUUGAUACGAUGGAGGACUGUAUUGGUCAGAAAUGCUGUUAUGAUGAUGGACAAAGUUCUCCAUAUUGUUACUACACAGUGGGCUGUGAAGACGACACAUACUAUAAGAAUGGUGAAUGUGUAAACUGCAAUUGUAAUAUUCCUUGUAAUAAAAAUACGGGCGAAUGUUCAAGUAAUUGUACCAAUGGUUAUAUAGGAAUAGACUGUCAACAAGAUGGCGACCCAAUCAUUAACAGCAUUGAGCAGCAUUCCAAGUCAAAUGCUGGACAAGCUACAGGCUUUAAAUGUACAGUACAGGGCAACAUAAUAAAUGCUGAAGAUAUCACUUUAACUAUACUGAAACAGUCAUAUACUUACAUCAAAUCUAAUGAAGGGACACAUCCUGACUAUAUUAUGACUAACACAUUUGAUGGCGUCGUUGUGAGGGAUAAUGAUGUAGUAACGUGUCACGUGGAUGCACCAGCUGGUAAAACCAAGGGCUCAAUUGAAGCUGAGGCAUUUACUCAACCAGUGUUGUCGAACGCCCCUCGGCUGGACGAUAUCGACAUAACCAAGAUAACAGUCACAUGGGAUGCUUGGAACGAUAGCGCUGACUCGGGGGAAGGACCGAUUACAAAGUAUGAAGUUUAUGCUGAGAAUACAUGCUGUUUAAGUGAAGGGAGUGAUCCUCAAACGGGAACAACAUGGUCCAAUCAAUCGGAGUCGGCUGUGAUCAUAUGGAUCUCCGUUCUUUGUGCAGUGCUUGUUAUCAUAGUGUUAAUUCUACUGUUGCUGUUUGCAAGACGUUGCAGCAAAAAGAAGAAGAUGGCAUCACAAACAGAUCUACUUGAUAAUGGUAUUCAAGAGCAUACGUCAUCGACGGCGAUUGAGUACGAGAUACCAGACAACAUGAAAUUGUCAAGUAACCUGAUUAAAGUAGAUCGUUUGGCAGAAUACAUGAAAAUGAUGAAAGAUGCUGAUGGAGAUAAGAACGAUAACCUACGGGAAGAAUUCAAGCGUUUACCUGUUGAUCUAACUGCACCAUGUCAUGUUGGAAAAGCUGAACUCAAUAGAAGCAAAAAUAGGUUCAAGAACGUCAUAGCAUAUGACCAUUCCCGUGUUGUCCUUCAAACCACGGGAAAUGAUCUGGGUUCUGACUAUAUAAACGCAAGUUACAUCGAUGCCCAGUAUGAAUAUUGCUACGAUGUGAUUGUGGAAUAUCUUGAUAUGUUCGCCACGUACUCAAAUUUCGAGAACACAGCACCGAUUUACGAUAUCUGUGGUAGUGCCUAG